AUGCUCCGAAGAAUCCUGACGACGUCAUCUGUGCGGAAUCUUACGUCUUCUACCCAGGCGCGCGUCGGCAUUCCGUUCGUUAUCGAUAACGAGGGAAAAGGCGAACGAACGUAUGACAUCUACUCGCGUCUGCUUCGCGAUCGCAUCGUCUGUCUGAUGACACCGGUUGACGACUUCAUGGCCAGCGCGUUGAUUGCGCAGCUGCUGUUUUUGCAGAGUGAGAGCUCGAAAAAGCCGAUUCACAUGUAUAUUAAUAGUCCGGGAGGAAGUGUAACCGCCGGUCUCGCCAUUUAUGACACCAUGCAAAUGAUCAGUGCUCCAGUCGCCACGUGGGUCAUCGGACAAGCCAGUUCAAUGGGAUCGUUGCUGUUGGCGGCUGGGGAGAAGGGCAUGCGGAGUGCACUGCCGAACGCCAGGAUUAUGGUCCAUCAGCCGAGUGGAGGGGCUCAGGGCACCUGCUCGGAUAUCGUCAUUCGUGCGGAAGAAAUUACGCGUCUCAAGAAGCGACUCAACGAAAUUUACGUUCAUCACACUGGAAUUAGUUAUGAUGAAAUCGAGCGAACCCUGGACCGCGAUCGCUUCAUGAGCGCUCAGGAGGCGUUGAAGUUCGGUCUGGUGGACAAAAUCGAGAAGCACACCGGAUCAAUGCCAACUGAUUGA